UAGUACCACCGUGUGGUCCUAGUUCCCUCACUCUCCCUUCUCUGUCACCUUUUUUUUUCCCAACUAUAAUUCAUUAUUUCAAUCCCUCCCGAGUCCCUACACCCCAACUAUAAUUCAUUAUUAUUUUCGUCCAUACUUUCCGACUUCCCAGUAGACAAUUCUUCUUUACCAUGAAUCUGGACAAUGUUAGUGGGAAUUACCAGAAGAUGGAGAAACAGCAGAAGGUGGUGAAGAAGGAAGUGUUGGAGUCUGAUGAGGAAUUGGAGGGUGUUGAGGACGAGAGGAGGAAUAAAGGGGUGAUGGAUGGUCGUGGUGGGCUUGGAAAGAAAGGUGGUAACGGGCUGAGGUGCUGUCAGGCUGAGAAGUGCACGGCGGAUCUGAGUGAUGCUAAGCAGUACCACAGGAGGCACAAGGUGUGUGAGUUUCAUGCUAAGGCUCAGGUUGUUCUCGUGGGAGGGAGUAGGCAAAGAUUUUGUCAGCAAUGCAGCAGAUUUCAUGAACUAUCAGAAUUUGAUGAAACCAAGAGGAGUUGCCGCAGGCGCUUGGCUGGACAUAAUGAACGGAGAAGGAAGAACUCUGCCGAGUCUCAUGCAGAAGGCUCCAGCCGCAAAGGAACAGCUACUCAGUUGAAGGAUAUUGUUUGUGGACAAGUUGAUGAUAGGGGAAGAAUUCAGAUAACCAUUCAUGAGAACUCAACUUACAAGCAUUUCCAGAUCAGAUAAGAUCCGAUUGCCUGCUCUCAAGCACGCUCUCUCUCUUCUGUCAUAGGGUAUAAUGGCAAUUUAGAGUUUUUCUUUGAUCUGUAUUAUGUAUUUUGUCAAGAUAUUUAUUCUGGUCAAGUACAAAUGCCAGAGGCUGGGGAACUUCCAUUCAUGCUGCUAGAGUUAAUGCUAGUUUUGGAUGGAGGUAUAGAGUCUAGACUAAUCUGUGGGUAAGCACUUCAACUUCAUAUUUGUUGCAAUUGCAAGAGUAGGAGAAUGAUUUGCGUGUACUUCCUUGGCCUUCACUGGGCCUUAAUUUUAUCUGUUAACUCCUUGAGUUCCA